AUGGAGAGAGACUGUGAACAAAUAGAGAAGAAUAAAGGUGUCGAAAUGUUGAAAGAGUUGCUGAAGGAGAGACUAAUGGCGGCGGCUGAUGAAAUAUUCGCGUUGUUUGAAAGAACGAUAGCGUCCUACGAGGAGGAACUUUGUCGAACGAGAGAGGAGAAGGAGCGACAUCGGCAGCAAGUGGAAGCUUUUGGCAGCCUUGUUUUGAAUAUGAAAGAUCCCGAGCCGCUGAUUGACAGUCAAGAAGAACGUCCCCCUCAGCCACAGUGGGGGAGCUCCACGUUGACGCAGGUGAAUCCUGCCCAGCCCCCCCACAUUAAAGAGGAAGUAGUGGAACAUUGGCCGGAGGGGGCGGAUCUCACCAAGCUUCCACUGACCGUUGUCUGCCUGAAGACCGAAGACCAUGAAGACAAACCACAGGAGUCCUCACAGCUUCAUCACAGUCCAAGUGAGGAGAACAGAUGGGCGGAGCUUCCAAGCUCCAGCUCAACAGAAGCUAACGGAGACCACCGCGGAGGUCCGCUAUCACGCAGCAACAAUGAGGACGUCACCCAAGAACCUUUGAGCGGCGAUCCGGACUGGGAAGUUGACAUGAGGACCCCCCCUGACCACAAACACUCGGGACCUGCUAAAAAAAAGACGCAUGAAAUCCGUUUCACUUGCUCGGUUUGUGCUAAAGGUUUCUCCUACAUGUGUGAUUUGACUCGACACACACGGACGCACACAGGAGAGAAACCUUUCGCUUGUUCAGUUUGUGGCAACACAUUUUCUCAGAGGUCCAUUUUGAAAACACACAUGAAGAUACACACGGGAGAAAAACCUUUCAGUUGCCCAAUUUGUGGCGCUAGAUUCUUUCGAAAGUCGCACAUGGUGCUGCACAUGCGGACGCACACGGGAGAGAAACCCUUCGGUUGUUUAGUUUGCGGUCGAAGAUUUGCUCAGAGGUACAUUUUGCAAACGCACAUGAGAACGCACACGGGAGAAAAACCGUUUAGUUGCUCGUUCUGCGGGGAAAGAUUUUCUCAAAAGGUACAAAUGGUUGCGCACGUGAAAGCGCACACAGGAGAAAAACCUUUCAGUUGCUCAAUAUGCGGGGCGGGAUUCUUUCGAAAAGCGCACGCGGCAUCGCACAUGAGGACGCACGCGGGAGACAAAACCUCUUACUCCCUAGCUACAGCGCCAGCGUCGUGUAGCGUAGUCGCUGCAAGAAAACUGUCCAAAAUGUUGAAAGAGUUAGUGAAGGAGAGACUAAUGGCGGCGGCUGAUGAAAUAUUCGCUCUGUUUGAAAGAACGAUAGCGUCCUACGAGGAGGAACUUUGUCGAACGAGAGAGGAGAAGGAGCGACAUCGACAACAACUGGAAGCUGCUUGGAAGACUCAAAUUGUCUUAAACGCCGAAGAUGCUCAGCAGUCGAUGGGCGCUGAAGAACGUCCCCCUCAGCAGCAGGGAAGGACCUCCACUUUUGAGCUGGAGGAUCCACAGCCCCCCCACGUUAAAGAGGAAGCGGAGGAACUCUGGACAGCUCAGGAGGGGCCGUGUCUUCUCGGGCCGACGGACGCCGCCGAUAUCACCCCGUUGCCCCUGACUGGUGUCUCUGUGAAGACUGAAGACGACGAGGACAAACCACCCGAGCCCUCGUUGCUUCAGCAUAGUCACAUGACAACAGGGGCAGAAGAUGGGGGCCACCCCUUGAGGGUUCACGCCGACCCCCAACCAUCGGAGUGCUCCAAAAGGCAGGCGGGCAAGGAACGUUUCACCUGCUCCGUUUGCGCCAAAAGCUUCACGUAUAAGUGCAACUUGAAUUUCCACAUGCAGUCGCACUAUCAGAAACCUUUCGGUUGCUCCAUCUGCGAGAAAAGAUUCACUCAGAAGGCAAACAUGAUCACGCACAUGCGAACGCACACUGGGGAAAAACCUUUCAGUUGCUCGGUUUGCGGCGAAAGGUUCGCUCAGAAGGUCAACAUGCUCUCACACAUGAGGACGCACACCGGGGAGAAACUUUUCAGCUGCUCUGUGUGCGACAGACGAUUCUCCCGGAAGGCCAACGUGGUCACGCACAUGAGAACGCACACGGGGGAAAAACCCUUCGGUUGCUCGGUGUGCGGCAAGCAGUUCUUCCAAAAGUCCACCAUGGUGUCGCACAUGAGAACGCACACGGGGGAAAAACCUUUCAGCUGCUCAAUUUGCGGGAAGCGCUUCUUCCAGAAGUCUAAUAUGGUGUCGCACACAAGGACGCACACGGAAGAGAGACCAUUUAACUGCUCGGUUUGCGAGAAGAGAUUCACUCAAAAGGCCUACAUGCUCGCCCACAUGAAAAGGCACGCUGGAGACGGGAUAUUCCCCUGCUCGCUUUGUACCCAAACCUUCGCGCGGGGCGCCGAUUUGACGGUGCACAUGUCCACCCACAGCAGGGAAUUAAAAUCAUAAAAAAAAAGUACACAACCUCGUUGGAUUCAUGUCACGGCACGCCACCGAACGAAUGUUAACAUGGCGGUUGUGACUCAAAAACAGCCAAAAAUCACUGCCUUGCUAGUGGGUUUCCUUUUAGUCGUAAUAAGUGGUUGGCUUUCUCUAAGGCACGGGUGUCAAACUCAAAUCCCAGAGGCUGAACCGUCCUGUUGUAUCGUUUUAUGUAACCCCCGAAAAGCCUCGUUAUUAGUGCUUAAUUGGUUCCAGACCCGACACGACAGGAUUCAGCGUUAAUAAAUGGAAUAUUUCUGUAGUUAUAACCGAAAACCUGCAACAAAAAAUUACCACUGCCACACAGGAUGGGAGGAGAAGAUUUUUUUUCCAAUCUAUCAUGUGUGGCAUGACACAUAAUGUUCAUUACUGCCGCCUAGUGGCCAGAAUACCACACUUGACUUGUAUUUCAGUAUGUAUUGACCAAUAAUAUACCAAGAAACAGCCUUAUUUAUUAGUUAAUUUUUGGAGAGAAAAAAAUGUGGGAGCAAUAAUCGAACUGCGAUAUUGUAAUGGACGACCGUAAUGCAUGUAAAAAAAAUACACUCACUUUAUUUUAUUUUUUUAUAUUAAUUAAAAAUAUAUAUUUUUUUCAUUUUGUUGUAUUAUUUUUAACUAAAAAUAAAUAUAGUUAUAUUUUUAUUUGAAAUAUUCUAAAAAAAAAUUAUAUUUUUUUGUUAAAUUAUGUAAAAAAAUAUUUUUAACAAAAAUACUCAAAUUUGACAGACAAGUUAUUUUUUUGUCAAAUCAAUUAAAAAAUAUUUAUUCAUGAAUUAUUUAUGUAAUUAAUUAAUAUUAAAUUAUCCUAUAAUUAUGCAUAAUCUUGACUUCUUUCAAGUUUGUUGGCGAAACAAUCCAAAGUGAAAUCGUACAGGCGAUACACGACGUUUGACGCCCCUGCUUUAUGAUAUGAGGAGCGUGGCAAGAGUGGACCGGGAACGUCUGGGUAGUUUUAUUCCAAAAUUCCUAAAAACCGUCACUGUCCAAAAUACAUGUACACCUCAUGUAACUGCAUGUUCUCAAAAAUAGCAAAUACGUGAACUACAAACUAUUUUGCAGUGUGGUGGUGUUUUGUAUUCUGCACGUUGAAUUUAUUUUUCAGUUAUUCUCUGCUCAGACACAACAAAUGGGGAGAAAAAAUGUGCGUUAUUAUUUUUGAUUUGUAUUUCAUUAAAAAAU